UAAGUGUGGAAACCAUACAUAGUUACAGAGACUGGUAUAGUUCUGAAAAGAUUAAUUAAUGGUGUCGUCGAAGAAACCCAAGGAGAAGAAGGCGAAGAGCGAUGCCGUCAAUAAAACCGGUGGUGGUCGGAGUAAACGCAGCUCCGGUUCCAGAACAAAGAAGGCAUCGAAUAAGGUUAACAUUGUGAAAAAGGAGGCGGAGAUUCACGAGAUCUCGGACUCUUCGAGCAGUGACUCCGUGGAAGAAGAAGCAAUCAGAAGUGAUGCGCCGAAGAAAAGUAAUGGCGCCGUUAGCAAAGGCCGUAACGGAAAGAGAGGAGGAGGAGGGAAUCCGACGAAGACGAGUAAAAAUCGAGAAGAGGACGACGGAGGUGUGGAAGAUGCAAAGAUGUUUAGGUUUCCGAUGAAUCGGAUUCGGCGGAUCAUGAGAAGCGACAAUUCUGCUCCUCAGAUUAUGCAGGAUGCUGUAUUUCUUGUCAACAAAGCCACGGAAAUGUUCAUUGAGCGGUUUUCUGAAGAAGCAUAUGAAAGUUCUGUGCAGGACAAGAAGAAAUUCAUCCAUUACAAACACCUCUCAUCCGUAGUGAGUAACGACGAGAGAUACGAGUUCCUUGCGGAUUAUGUUCCUGAGAAACUAAAAGCAGAUGUCGCCUUGGAGGAAUGGGAAAAAGGCAUGACAGAUGCAGGCUGAAGAAAUGAAUCCAACCAUCGAACUGAAUCGUUUGGCUUAAAAAAUUUGUGUCCUGGCCUGGGAAAAAGGCAUGACAGUUUGGUUCCAUCUGCCCCAAUAUUCACCUUUUCUUAAUAGCCCCCUAAUGAGAUUGCACAUAUUUGAUCUUAGAAUGUAAUACAUUUUUUUUUCUUUGAUUGGUACAAGUUUUGUAAGAGUUGUCAGAAUUAUAAUAUUUUUCGUUUCGUAUUGUCACAAUUAUUCUUACAAAUCAAAAUUGUAAUAUUAGCAAAACAAGAUUAUUAAUCCA